CCAAAGUUCAAAAUGCCGGAAUUUGAAAAGUAUGAUGGAAAAACUUGUCCUGUUGCUCACUUGACCAUGUUUUGUCGAAGAAUGACAGGAUUCGUGAAGGAUGAUGGGCUAUUAAUUCACUGUUUUCAGGCCAGCUUGACAGGGUCAGCUGUCAGAUGGUAUAACCAAUUAACCCGAGCUAAAAUAGGGUCUUGGAAGGAUUUGGCCAAUGCGUUUAAAGAACAAUAUCAACACGUUACCGAUAUGAUGCCUGAUCGUGUUACUCUCCAAAAUAUGGAGAUGAAGCAUAAUGAGACCUUCCGACAAUACGCUCAGCGCUGGAGGGAUAUUGCUGCUCAAGUGCACCCACCGCUUAUUGAGAGGGAGUUUAUAACCAUGUUUAUAGAUACGUUAAAAUCUCCUUAUAUUGAUCAUAUGUUAGGAGUGGCAACUAAGAGCUUCUCUGAUAUCGUGAUGUGUGGAGAGAUGAUUGAGAGAGCAUUAAAGAAGGGGCAGAUUGUCGGUAGCCAAACUCCUGCAAAGAAACCCUAUGUGAAAAGGAAAGAAUUUUUAAAGUUUCUGAAACACAGCGAGUAUAAUAUUGUGGAACAGCUUCAUAAGACCCCAGCGCGGAUUUCAAUGUUAUCUCUAUUGUUGCAUUCGGAAGUACAUCGAAAUACUCUGAUCAAAGUGCUGAAUGAAACUUUUGUAGGGAAGGAUAUACCAGUGGAACGUGUGGACAGGAUGGUAAAUCAUAUUAAUGCAGACAAUUUUAUUUAUUUUUAUGAUGACGAAAUACCUGAAGAAGGAAAAGGCAGGGGCAAGGCUUUACACAUUACGGCUCAUUGCAAAGGAGUCAUCGUCUCAGGGGUGUUAAUUGACAACGGAUCGGCCUUGAAUGUUAUGCCAUUCGCCACUCUAAAUAGACUUCCUGUGGAUGUAUCACAAAUGAGGGUUUGUAGCAAUGCUGUAAGGGCAUUUGAUGGGACAGAACGCAAGAUAAUGGGGAAGAUGAUUAUCCCUCUCAGAAUUGGCCCUACAACAUUUGAAGUAGAUUUUGUUGUCAUGGAUAUCCAUCCGAGUUAUAGUUGCUUGUUGGGGAGACCCUGGAUUCACAUGGCUGGGGCAGUUCCUUCCUCCCUUCACCAAAAGCUCCGAUUCAUUGUUGAUGGGACUCUAGUGACCAUCAAAGCGGAAGAAGACGAAUGUGAGCUAAACUCUGAGCUUGUUAGAAUGAUGGAGCAAGAAGAUAGACAAAUAUUGCCCCACAAAGAGACAACUGAAACAAUAAAUUUGGGAACAGAAGAGGAUAUAAAGGAAGUUAAAAUUGGCACUUCACUCUCACCAAAAGUAAGAGAUGGUCUUAUAAGCCUUCUUCGGGAAUAUAGGGAUGUGUUUGCUUGGUCUUAUCAAGAUAUGCCGGGGUUGGAGACUGACAUUGUGAUGCACAAGCUACCAAUAAAACCGGAAUGCAAGCCUGUUCAGCAAAAACUUCGAAGAAUGAGACCAGAUAUGCUAUUAAAAAUCAAGGAAGAAGUGAAGAAACAAUUCGAUGCUGGAUUUUUACAAGUGGCCAAGUACCCUGAAUGGGUAGCAAACAUAGUGCCAGUUCCAAAGAAAGAUGGCAAAGUUCGGAUGUGUGUUGACUACCGAGAUCUCAAUCGAGCGAGCCCCAAAGAUAAUUUUCCACUCCCACAUAUCGAUACUUUGGUUGACAAUACGGCUGGUCAUGCUCUUUUCUCUUUCAUGGAUGGUUUCUCAGGUUACAAUCAAAUUAAGAUGGACCCAGAAGACAUGGAAAAGACAACUUUUGUGACAAUGUGGGGUACGUUUUGCUACAAGGUGAUGCCCUUUGGACUUAAGAACGCCGGGGCAACAUAUCAAAGAGCCAUGGUUACGUUGUUCCACGAUAUGAUGCACAGAGAUAUAGAAGUGUACGUGGAUGAUAUGAUUGCCAAAUCACAAACUGGAGAAGAACAUGUAAAAGUCUUAAGGAAACUAUUUUUAAGAUUAAGAAAAUACCAGCUCAAGCUUAACCCAACCAAGUGCACAUUUGGAGCUACUUCAGGGAAGUUAUUGGGAUUUGUAGUCAGUGAGAAUGGGAUAGAAAUAGAUCCUGAUAAAGUCAAAGCAAUUUUGGAAUUACCUCCCCCUAUGACGCAAAAGGAAGUACGAGGUUUUCUGGGAAGGUUAAAUUAUAUUGCCAGAUUCAUCUCUCAGUUGACCGAGAAAUGUGAUCCAAUAUUCCGAUUACUGAGAAAGCAAAAUCCAGGAGAAUGGGAUGAUAGUUGCCAAGAAUGCUUCGAUAGAAUUAAGAGUUACUUAAUUACUGCUCCUGUCUUGAUGCCACCAAUCCCAAACAAACCAUUGAUUUUAUAUUUGACUGUCUUUGAGAAGUCAAUGGGAUGUGUGUUGGCCCAACAUGACGAAACUGGAAGAAGAGAACGAGCUAUUUACUAUCUCAGUAAGAAAUUCACUGACUGUGAGACUCGAUAUUCCUCUAUCGAAAAGCUGUGUUGUGCUUUAGUAUGGACUACUAAGAGGCUGAGACAGUAUUUGUUGUAUCAUACUACCUGGUUGAUAUCAAGACUGGAUCCAUUAAAGUACCUGAUGGAAUCAACGGCUCUAACUGGAAGGAUGGCGAGAUGGCAAAUGUUGUUGUCCGAAUUUGAUAUAGUCUACAUGAACCAGAAAUCAGUUAAAGGGAGUGCUAUUGCAGAUUUCCUGGCAAGCAGAGCAUUAGAAGACUAUGAGCCAGUAAAAUUUGAUUUUCCGAACGAGGACUUGAUGAGUAUAUUUGUUACUGAAGAGGAUACUCCGAAAAAUGAAGCAUGGAAAAUGAACUUCGAUGGCGCUUCUAAUGCUGUGGGACAUGGAAUUGGGGCAAUACUAGUUUCACCUGAGGGAGAUCAUUAUCCUUGUACUAGUAGGCUUGCCUUUGAAUGCACUAACAAUAUGGCGGAAUAUGAAGCAUGUAUCUUAGGUAUUCAAGCUGCAAUUGAGCGCAAAGUUAAAAGCCUAGAAGUAUUCGGCGAUUCUGCUCUGGUUAUUUAUCAGCUUCGCGGGGAAUGGAUGACUCGAGACUCCAAGUUGAUAGAAUACAAGAACUUAGUGAUGGAGUUGAUCAAAGAGUUUGAAGAAAUUUCUUUUGCAUAUCUUCCUCGUGAAGAAAAUCAAAUGGCAGAUGCCUUGGCUACGUUGGCAGCUAUGUUUAAGGCCGAUGAUCAAUCUCGAAUGAUGCCUAUUCGGAUGAGUAUAAGAGAAAUGCCAGCUCAUUGUUGCAACAUAGAGGAAGAAGAAGAUGAUAAUCUCCCAUGGUAUUAUGAUAUUCUCCAAUACGUAAAGUAUCGGGCUUACCCGGCAGAGGCAGCGGAGAAUGAUAAACGGACCUUAAGAAGAUUAGCAAUGGGGUAUGUCCUUGAUGGAGAUAUAUUGUAUAAAAAGGGCAAGGAUCAGGUGCUUUUGAGAUGUGUGGAUAGAAUCGAGGCCAAGAAAAUACUUGAGGAAGUCCAUGAAGGAGUUUGUGGAACACAUGCUAAUGGAUUCACAAUGGUUAGAAAAAUCAUGAGGUUUGGGUACUAUUGGUCCACUAUGGAAGGAGAUUGUAUCAGAUUUGCUCGAAGAUGUCAUAAAUGCCAGAUUCAUGAUAACCAAAUACAUGUUCCUCCUUCACCACUCCAUGUAAUGAACGCACCUUGGCCGUUUUCAAUGUGGGGCAUCGAUGUCAUUGGGGCAAUUUCACCGAAGGCCUCAAAUGGACAUCGUUUUAUCUUAGUGGCUAUAGAUUACUUCACCAAAUGGGUUGAAGCUGCCUCUUAUGCUAAUGUCACAAAAGGAGCAGUGUGCAGAUUUCUAAAAAGAGAAAUCAUUUGUAGAUAUGGAACACCUGAAAGGAUCAUCACAGAUAAUGCAUUGAAUUUGAACAACGAUUUAAUGAAGGAAGUUUGCACAAAGUUAAAGAUCAAACAUCACAAUUCGGCUCCUUAUCGCCCAAAAAUGAAUGGGGCAGUAGAGGCAGCGAAUAAAAACAUCAAGAAGAUCAUCACAAAAGCAACUGAAACAAAUAGAGACUGGCAUGAAAAAUUACCUUUUGCGUUGCUUGCUUAUCGCACGUCCGUUCGUACAUCUACUGGGGCAACACCAUUCUCUUUGGUAUAUGGGAUGGAAGCAGUUUUACCUGUCGAGGUGGAAAUACCUUCUUUGAGAGUAUUGAUGGAGUUGAAACUGGACGAGGCUGAUUGGGUACAAAGUAGGUUUGAUCAAUUAAAUUUGAUUGAGGAGAAAAGGCUGAGAGCUAUCUGCCAUGGCCAAAUGUACCAGAGAAGGAUGAUACGAGCAUAUGACAAGAAAGUCAGACCUCGAGAAUUUCGUGAAGGCGAUUUGGUACUAAAAAAGAUCUUACCUAUGCAAAAAGACUUUCGAGGGAAGUGGAUGCCGAACUGGGAAGGUCCCUAUGUUGUAAAAAAGGCAUUCUCAGGAGGAGCUUUGGUGUUAACAGAAAUGGAUGGGGAAGAUUUGCCUAAUCCCGUGAAUUCAGAUUCGGUCAAACGA